AUUAUCAUUUUCACAUUGACGAUAUACCAUAUCAAAAUGACUUCGAUUGAGCGCAUGUCCCCAUUGGACCUGCUAGACCUUAAUCUCACAAACCUCGACCCUCUUACUGAGAAUUAUGAUCUCGGCUUCUACUUAAACUACCUGAACAAAUGGCCUUCAUUGUUCAGCACCGUCAAGGAUCAUGAGGCCGGCAUCGUAGGUUAUAUCAUGGGCAAGCUCGAAGAGCAACACCCUGCAAUGCGCCACUCCGAGCAUUACACACCAUGGCACGGACACAUCACAGUCUUGACCGUCGCCCCAGCCUGGCGCCGUCUCGGAUUUGCCCGCAGGUUGACUGAGCAACUUGAGCGAGGAUCCGACAACAACAACGCCUGGUUUGUGGAUCUCUACGUCCGCGCCGGAAAUAAAGUUGCAUAUGACAUGUACAAAGGAAUGGGAUACUCCGUCUUCCGGCGGGUGGUUAAUUAUUAUAGCGAUGAUCCAUCGGGCAUGUCGGAGAAUGGGGAAGAUGCGUUUGAUAUGCGCAAGCCGUGCAGUCGAGAUAAGAAGCUCGAGCAUGUACGAGAAAAUGGUGAGAAUUUCCCUGUUGGGCCGGAGGAUGUGAUGUAA